AUGAGUGUACGGACAUAUAAUCCUUCAGUUCUUAUAGGGAACUGGAAUGAAGAUAUUUGCUUACAAGAGGUUCGUGAGAUGUGAGAGUUCGCUUUAUUUGUACAUAGCCUCUGCGAUAACAUCCGUGAAUUGGAUGGAAAUAUUUUGUUUUUAUUCUUGAAGUCAGCUCAAAACUUAUUCAUUUGCAGGAUAAGCUCAAAGAUUUCCUUGAGAAGAAAGAAAGUGGAGAAUUACUGAUACAAAAAGCUAGCAAUCUCCUUCAAAAUAUACUCAAGAAGGUAAGAAUGCGUAAUCGAAUUAUUUCUUAGAUUGGAAAUUGUCAAAUUUAUAUAAACUUGCUUUGCUUGAUUUGAACUUACUUCUUGUUUAUUUUGCAAAUUUUACAAACCCUCACGGUAUAGCUCGCUUUCAUGCCAUCAAUACAUUCUAAACUUAAGCUCCCAGCUGCACUUAAUAUUUAGAUCAUGCGGAUCGAGCUCUAAGCCUGGCAAAAAUAGUACUCGUGUGUUACUUCAAGAGUAAACAUAAACAUGUUAAGAUUCCCCGCUGAGGUUUUAUAUUUUUUCAGUGCUGUGUAUCCCGUAACAGUUGCCCUUAAUCUGUCUAAAUUCUUAAAAUUAAUUGGAAACUACUGUCUAUUUAACAAAUAUAUAUCAUGUUUCGGUCCAUCUGUUCAGUAAGAGAACUCAGAUAGCAUUAAAAUGUGAUAAAGAAAGAAAAACGUGGCACACGAGGCGCAGCUGAGUGUGUCACUUAAGUGUAUGCUACGUUUUUAGAUCCUCUGUGAUUUAUGAGUGCACAGACUGACAGCAACAUGAAAUCUAUUUGGUUUAUACAAAGAAAAAGCAAAAUGUUGGUAGUGUUGAUAUCAUCUUUGUGUCUGUCCCUUCUUAGAUCAUAAGUAAUCAAAAGGCAACAAAAUUCAGUCAUGUUAUCAGAAACAUUCAUAUGAAUGUUUCUGAUAACAUGGCUGAAGAAUCCACUCUUACUGUAGCACAAGAAAGUCUCGUCACUCUCAAACAGUAUAUGAAUCCUUAUGAUAUUUCCAUUUUACUUUCAACCUGUCAUUGCAUUGUGUUAUUCCAUUCCUUGCAGGUCAACCUGUCAGUAUCCCAUGAUGGUUAUCUUCAUUAUGGUGACACAGUUUGUAUCUUCAAUCCAGCAUCAGAGACAGCACUUUCGGCAAAUAUGUCUGAAAGCAAAAUGCAUGAUGAAAAGAGACUUGUAGGGCCAUGUGAUGUGUCAGCUUCAAAGAUGACAGAUCCUUGCAUUCGAAAUACUUUUGUUAUAGGGUGAGUAGUUUUGUUUACAAGCGUAAUAACUUACUUAGGAUGUUAUGAGAACACAAGAAAAUUCUUGCAAAUGACCUCAGGUUCAUGAUUUACAAAUUUCUCUUGUGAUCCUCAAAUUCUUGCAUGGGUUAUUACCCUGGUAAACCAACAGAAGUUGCAGUCUAUUGCUUAACUCUUUAACUCCAAGUGGUGAUUAACAUGAAACUUCUCCUAAGAAUAUCCAUACAUUAUUCUGCAAACAGGUGAUGAGAAUAUUCAAAUUUAUCAGGUAGAAGCUGCUCUCCCGGUCUAGCACAAAGUUCUCCUGACUAAUUUACAAGGAGAUGUGUAGCAGUUAGAGGGAAGAAUUAACUCUCAGAUCUUGAGAGUUAAAAUGUUAAAUAAACACUCUUGGCUUUAAAUACCAAGAUGAGCAAAAAGAGAGCUUUGAGAAGGAAGGAGCUGUAACAAUAGCUGUUUGUUCAUACAUGAAGAGCCUUAUAACAUGUGUGGAUAAGUCAUCAAACUUGAAGUAGUUACCAUCAUGAUUUACAAACCAGCUUUUGCUUCAUAUAAAUGUCCAGAGUAUAAAAGGCUUAAUUUGGAUACUUACAGGUGUCCAUAUGGCAAAAUUAUCAAUUGCUAAUUAUCUGCAAAUCUACAAGGUCCUUAAAGUUGCAUAAUUUAAUCAUGUAUUGUAUAAUUUUAUCACCAGGCCAAGAGCGGAAGGUGAUGGAGUUUUAAGAUUUAAUGAGCCCUUUGCACUGAGUACCUUACCUGGAGUUGGGGGAGAGGUAAUAUGCAAUCAAAUUAAAACCAAGCAAAACUACUGCAUGUUGAAAAUUUAGGACAAGUCAAGAUACUCACCAGCCAUUAAAGAUGGAAGAAUUCUCUGUCUAAAAAUUUUUAUGGUCUGGAUAGUUUUUUCUCACAUGUGGAAGAAUAUGAUGUUAUGUUACUUCCACUUUUCUCCUGUCACUGCAAUUUUUUCAUGAAAACUCAGAUAUCUUAACAUACAAAGAGUCAGACUGCAUAUUGUGAUAAUGGGAAAACUCUUAAUUUCUCUCUCUCUAAUCUUUUGUGCUUUAAUGAUAAUUUGUAUCAAAUCAGCUCCCCUCUGAGUUUACCUUAGUUUGUAAAGUUUCUAUUGCUGAAAAAUGACUUUACUUGCCAUCAGAAGAUUACCUGUUUUGUUUUUGGGUUUUUUUUUUAAACAACAAGACCAGCUUAAAAUGUUGAAUGGAAUUCAAGUGAUCAUGCCUAACAAUUAACUGCAAUGAUUCCCUUUCUAUUCUCUUUGAGCAUGGGCCAUACAGGCUACUUGGCCACAGUCUAAAGCCUACUAAAGCAUGGUUAAGGGCCAAUUCUUAACCAAAGUCAAGUUGAUCAGACAUUAACAGAAUGUUUUACAUCUGCUUGUUUUCCUUGUAGCUCAAAUUAAUGAGUGACAGAAUAACAUUUAAUGAAUGUGCCAAGAAGUCGAGGCAACAGCUGGUUACUCUUAAGGAAGAUAUGACUUUUAUGUCUUGCUGGUAAGUAACUGUGUAUUUCAGUUAAAUAAUUUACGUCAUAUUUCAUCCACUUGUGAUUAGCAACCCCUUUAAAUACCUGAAGCUUGGAAAAAGAGGUUCUUUUUGGUGAAGCCUUCCUAUAUGGACCAAUGUUUUCAUGUACUUUACAGAAAAUCUAUUAAUAAUGUGCUCUUAACAUGUGCAGUUAUUAUUUUUAUUUUAUUAUUUUUUGUGUAGGAAAAUUCUUUGCCAUGACCCUCAGCAGCGUUUAGAGACAGAAGGAAUGCCUGUCCCGGUAAGUUCUCCUUCUCAGAUCUGCGCGUCUAGAUGAGGUUUUAUUUUCAGUGAGAGAAUUAAGCCAACUUUGGAAAUUGUCUUCUCUGUGUUUGCUUAUUGGUUAUGUAGAGAGAAUUUUAAUCACUAUCAGCAAUUAAAACUGAUUUGGUUUCUUUUCAAUAGGCAAACACGAAAGUCAUUCUGAACCACGUGAAAACUAACCAGAACUUAGCCGCCUUGACGGAGUUUUCUUUUAGGUUUGUCAUAGAAAAUAUUGAUGAUUGAGGAUGAAUUGUUUAUUUCCCUAUUCUUCAAAAUUAGCGAGAUUUCACAAUUUAUUAUUGUGUUGCUUUGUAUUCUCUGACUUUUCCUGACUCACUCUCCCCCUUGCAACCCCCUCCCUAACCCCCAUAAAAGUUCAGCGAUACCAAGAAAGACGCGCUUUUCUCCUCCCGCGGGAAGAUUUGAGAUGAGUUGGGAAUAGGUGCAGCGGGGCUCUGGCACUAAUAAUGCCUCAUUUUCAGUGCUACACCCCUUACAGACCUCUUGUCGGCCCGCAUUGCUCAGGGAUUUAUGCUUUCCUGCGGGCAAAGAAACACUUGUGCUGAGGCGCUAAUGAUCAGGGCCUGCUCACAGGCUGUGUUUUGAUUUAUUUGUACUGUAUCGAAAAAAAGACGAUUUUAAUGAAUAUUUUUAUCGAGGAAAACUUGCUGAUCCCUUGAUAUUUGGUUGACAGUUGCGUGUUGCCAGUAACUUGGUGUCUCACCUCUGCAUGAAGUACUUUGUUAUCAGUACUGUUGAAAAAAAAAUUCUGUGCUACCUUAACUUUAGAACACCGUUUGGAAGAGAGUUUGAGGUGGCCGCCAAAACUGAAGUAGACUCUCACAAAGCAGAAAAACCGAGCAAUCACUGGGUGUUUAGAACAAGAGAAGUACAAGACGCCGCCAGAGAGCACGAGUUAGAAAGAGAACAAGAAUUUAAAGACUUACUUACAAGACAACAAGCUGCUGAGGCCGAGGUAGCCGCUGCCCCCCCUGCAGAUGAGGCACCUGGUGCCUCUCAGAAUAGUCAGCCAGGGGGAAGCAACCCUCCUGCUGAUGUGUAAUUUCAUAUCUGUUCAUAAGUGCUUCUUAGUGUAUUCAAUGAAAGCGUGUGAUAUAACUUAUUGGACUGACUUAAAGAUUUAAAAUAAUUAAAAUUCCAUUAACGUAAACUUAAAAAUAUUGGCAGACUGUAUAGAUUCAUUCUCUAAACCUUUGUUAAUGCUUCGCUCGCCCUACUCGAUGAAUUUUUAUUGAAUUAGAUUCGUACAAAGUAGUUGGGAAUGUUUUUAGUCUCGGUUUUUUUUUUCGUCAUUUCAGUUGAUCUAGUGACUAUGGUAGGUGAGAUUCAGGCUUCAUUCUUGCAGUUUGUAAACGUUCACUUUUUAUUGUAAUUGUUAUUUGCAUUUAAUUUUGAAGAACCAUCUCUUUCAAUUCAGCUCGUGUGAGUUAAUGAACGAGUUUCUUGUCUGCAAAGACGAAGUAAAUUCAGGAAAUUGUACACUUAAUGUAAAACAUGUUAACUAAAUCGCUUUAGAUUUUACAAAAAGAAUUUCGAUGAUUACGAAGUAAGAUAUGUUACUCAUUUUGAAACUGUACAUAGAAUAUAUGGUCCACAGCUUUUGGC